AUGCCUGACGAUGCCAACUUACAGCAAGAAAUCCUCAGCAAGACUCUCCUAGAGGUAGCCCAUGAGGACCAGGAUGGCGCUGCCAGCCCUUGCGUCAUAUGCCUAGACUCCAUUACUGAGGCUGCUAUCACGGUCCCCUGCAAGCAUGCCAAUUUCGACUUCUUGUGCCUGACAAGCUGGCUUCAACAGCGUCGUGCUUGUCCAUUAUGUAAAACCGAAGUGACCGCCGUGAAAUACGAGCUUCAAUCAGAAAAGCCGAAACUAUACGUGCUUCCCCCGGAAAGCGAAGAUUCAAAAGCUGCGUCAUCCUCUCGCCUAUCCGAACCGAAUCGUCCUCGUCCGUAUUAUAACAGGCGACAGCCUCGCAGGCGACCAUAUCGGCCACCAACAACGGACGAUGACGCACUGCCGCGACGUCGCCAUGUGUAUCGCCACGGGCUCUUCUCACUUCGCGUUGGCUCAAACAGGCUUUCACAGUACCGGGAGUUGACACCACAGUUGUUUAACGAUGAUGAGAACCUCGUCUCGCGGGCUCGCAAGUGGAUAAGGCGGGAGUUACAAGUCUUCGAGUUCUUAAAUCCAGGCAGUGAGGAUAGCACGGCGCAAUCCAGCAGCGUCGGAAGACCUGGCGGGCAGAGGCUUGCAAGUAGACGAGCAAACAACGCUGAAUUUUUGCUGGAGUAUAUUAUCGCCAUUCUACGCACUGUGGACAUCAAAGGCAGUGCAGGUCAUGCUGAAGACCUAUUGGAAGAGUUUAUUGGACGGGGAAAUGCGCGCCUAUUCCUGCAUGAAUUGCAAUCGUGGCUCCGAAGCCCCUACAAUACUCUUGUUGACUGGGAUCGCAACGUACAGUACGAGGAUACAGUUCGAAGCCGAAAUUCUUCUGCUGCGAGCGAGAUCCAUGCUCCUGAUACCAGUCGACAGUCCGCUUCAGGUUCACCUCGCGUAGAUUCGAGGAGGGUUUCGAAACCCUACCGUUCUCAUGCAGGACGAGAUGGAUCUCGACGCCAUGACCCUGCUGCGACCGCUCGACGGGUGCAGUAUGCUAGAGACCGGUAUCAGCCUGACUAG